AUGUACAGCCAGGACCCCUCGCGCGACGCCGCGGCCGUGGACUUGUCCUUCUCGCAGAUCCUCGAGGCGCGCAGCACCUUCCACCACCACCAGCAGCAGCAACAACGACGGCGGCGCAAGCCUCCAGCGCCCAAUGGGCGCGUGGCGCAGCAGCAGCAGGUAGUGAGACGCUUCCCGCCGCCUCCGCCUGGGACACCGUCCACCUUCCUCGAGUCGGAGGACACCGGACCCCCCGCGUACGGCAGCGGCAUGCUGGACUCGGUCUACGAGGGCAGCGAGGACAUCCUGGAGGAGAGCGAGGAGGAGGCAAGAGGAGGCGGCAGCUCCUCCAUCCACAUGGACAGCAGCACGGAGGACGAGGACUGGGCCAACGGCGACGACGGACAGCUCGGCCAGGACAUGUACCGCUUCGUGCAGCCCCGCAGACUGUCCUCCUGGGUGCAGGACGACGCGGUCUUCGCCUGCUUCAAGUGCCACACGGUCUUCUCGCUGCUGGUGCGCAAGCACCACUGCCGCGCGUGCGGCCGCAUCUUCUGCUCGGCGUGUUCGAGCCAGCGGGUGGUCAUUCCGGGGGACUAUGAAGCCACUCCGGUCUCCCCGGCGUACAACUCGCUGACGACCAAUGCUAGCGACCUCAUUGGCAACAUCAGCUGGUACUUGACGUCGUACUCGAGUCCGAACGCGUCCGCGGGGGCGGAUUCCAGUGGAGUUAGACACUCGCAGUCGUUCUCGGACUCCGUGUCCUUGAGACUCACGCCCGAGGAGCAGCAGGAGAAGUUCUUGAAGGACGUACAGAGGCUGCAGGAGAACAACGUCAUCAGCAAGUUCACGCCGAAUCGAUCCAGGUCGGGCAGUGCCUCGUCGUCGCUGUCGAGCAGUGGGGCGUUGACGGCGCCGAGCUCCCACAGGUCGAUGCCCGUACCCGAUGGCAGCGUGAUGCAGCGCGUGUGUGACGACUGCGCGUGUGCGCUGCAGCAGCGAGGGCAUCACUACAACACGGUCAAGGUGUUCGAGUUGUGCGAGUUCGACCUGCAAGAACUGCGGACGCUGGGCCAAGUGUGUCGCAAAUGGCACCGCGCGACCAUCAUGUGUCUGUCGAUGUUCCGGCAGAUCCAGUACUACCUGCCUACCCACCGACUGUCCGAGCGAGAGAAGAAGAUGCUGAUUAUCAACCGCAAGUUCCUGGGUGGACAUACCAAGUGGCUGCUGCAGCUCGUCAAGGCCGUCGACUUUUCGGAAGAGAACGAAGCAGAGUAUCUCGGUGUGGACAUGACUGCAAGCGACAUUGAAAGCCCCCAGGCGGCGCGGAGACGGCGGGAGAAAAACUCGCAGCUUGUCGACGAGGUGAUGGAGUUGCUGCAGCAAGAACGCAAGCAUAAAUGCAUGCUGACCAUGUGUUCGCGGCUGUGCAAACCGCAAAUUGGUAGUGUCGAUGCCCUGGAGAUCUUGGCGGAUGAAACCAUUUGCAACAAUCGACUGCGCGCAAUGGCGGUUGACGCGCUGCUGAAGACUGCGACGGAGAACGAAUGGUGGAGCUACUUGCAGGUGCUGUUGCACAGUCUGAGUGUGGAGACUAAUGCUGCUGGAAGCAAGCUGGGGGAGUCAUUGAUCCGACAAGCGCAAUGUGGCAUCCGCUUCUGCUAUGAUUUAUACUGGGGUCUUACGGUCAUGGCUGAGGACCCAAGCUGUCGACGAAAAUUUGACGGUAUGAAGCAGCGACUACUACUCACGCUCGCGCAGUUUAAGGACAAGUCAUCGGGUGGGCGUAUGGUCGAGUCGAGGAAGUUUGCCAAUGACGAUGUCGCAGAGCAGCUUCUUCGAGGCCAAGAAUUGGUGGACUUGAUGUGGAAGAUCCCGCCGCGCAUUCCUGUUGAAGAUGUACGACGCAUCUUGCAAGCGUCGAUCAAGAAGUCGUCUCUUGGUGCAUCUACGGGCGAGAGGAAGUCAGGUGGAUCUAUUCAAGCGGUUGCAAACGGGGAGCAGGAAUGGCCUCUUCUGCGUCUGCCGGUGGAUCCGCAGGUUAAGAUAAGUGGUAUCAACUACAAGAAGAUUGAAGUGAAGCGAAGCGCGGAGGCGCCCAUGAUCAUCACGUGCACGGGCGUCGAUCGCGCUGAAGAGGGCGAAGACUCUGCUGAUGGUACUGCUGAAUCUCAACGGAAUACGUGGAGCCGGCGGACGCACAAGCUGCCCCACUACCGCCUCAUGUACAAGCGGGAUGACCUUCGGAAAGACUCGAUCGUUCAGAACAUCAUCAACGUCAUGUAUCUGAUCUUGAAGCAAGAAACUCGACUCGACAUUCCGUUGGUGACCUACCGCGUGCUCCCGACGAGCAGCUUCGACGGACUCAUCGAGAUUGUGGAGAACGCUCACACACUCUACUCGAUCAUCCGCGACCAUGGCACAAUUAUGAACUUCCUGCACCACUACAACGGGCACCGCACCCUCAGCGACAUCUCCUCGUCGUUCCGGGAGAGUCUAGCAGCUUACACCGUGAUCACAUUCCUGCUGGGCGUUGGUGAUCGUCACGCUGACAAUGUGAUGCUGACGAAGGACGGCAUUUUGUUCCACAUCGACUACGGCUUCAUCCUUGGCAAGGACCCGAAGCCGCUGCAGCCUCCGAUGCGGCUUGAUCACUACAUGAUUGAGGCACUCGGAGGCACGCAGACGCAGCAGUUCGAGCAGUUCAAGCAGCUCUGUGUAAUUGCGUUCAACUGCUUGAGGCGGCACGUGAGUCUGUUCAUGAUUAUGCUGACGCUGGUGGUGAAGGCACUUCCAGAGAUCACGGAUUUCGGCGUUAACUACACGCAGAGCGACCUCGAAGCCUUUGUGAUCGAGCGAUUCCUGCCUGGUCAGUCCGACGACGAGGCUGCGACUGCGCUGAUGCUGCGGAUGGAAGGCAAGUUAAACGAGCGCAUCGGUAUGAAGCUCAGCGACUUUGUUCACGCGCAUUCAAACGAGAAGACAGUGUCGAAGGGCAUGACUUCUGUGGGUUCGUCUGUCAAGAUCGGGGUGGAGGCAGUCGAAGCUACCGUCUCAACCGUCGCAAGCUCCCUCACUAGUGGUGCUUCGUCCAUCUACAAGUACAUGUGGGGGGGUGGACCUCAACGGUGA